CUGGACUAACAGUUACUUUUAUGUGUAGACAAGAGAGUACUGUAGCCUAUAUUUGAAGUGGUAUCAUGUCAGUCUUACGCUGUUGUUCGCUGCUUGGUUUUGAAGGGUAUUUAGGUGAACUUGAAUGAAUGGGCUGGCGAGCUACUGUAAUUAGCUAACGUUAGCACACAUUUUAAACGAUUUUCUAGCUAUCAAUCCGUAACAAUCCGUUGUCUGAUAUCAUCUAGCAGUGAGCCGUGAUAUCGGUUAGAUCAUUUGUGCACGUGUAUAAUCAUGGCGACAUGGAAUCUCACACUACACUGCUCAAGGCUAUUUGUCUACAAUAGACUUUUUGCACAGGUGGCAGAUCUGAGAGUAAGUUCUCAAUUUGCAUCCUAUCAUCCCACCAGCACUCUCCAAAGAAGAGAUGGUGAGGCGAAACCAGACGUUAGUAAGCGGCGUAGCGUUCUCCCCAGCGCUGGUGUUCAACACAGUCCCGCUGGUGAUCAACACAGUCCCGCUGGUGAUCAACACAGUCCCGCUGGUGAUCAACACAGGCCCGCCGUGUCCGGGACAUGGCGGGGGCAUCACGGGGCCGAUGACAUCCCGGAGAUACCGGCCUCGAAAAAGGUUUGGAGGGCCGAAGCCCCGGGUCCCCGGGAGGGCCGAAGCCCCGGGUCCCCGGGAGGGCCGAAGCCCCGGAUCCCCGGGAGGGCCGAAGCCCCGGGUCCCCAGGAGGGCCGACCCUGGGCUGAAGGAAGAGUGUCGUCUGAGCUCCAGAAACUCAGUCUGGACGACUUCCCCAAGGCGCGUGAGAGGGUCGGAAAGGACUCGAAAGAAGACAGAAACAGCGAGACUUUGUUCGGGGUGUCGCCUUGUCUGCUUGCGCUAACCAUGGGCAGGAGGCGGGCCCGGAGGUUGUAUGUGAAGGAGGGAGACGCGUCUAAACGGGCCUCGGUUCAGCAGGUGUGUGAGGAGGCCCACCGGAGGGGGGUGCAAAUACAGAGGGUCAGUAAAAAGGAACUGGAUAAGAUGUGUUCUGGAAGGGUCCACCAGGGCGUGUGUCUACAAGCCAGCCCUCUCACUUUCCUCUCCAAGGACGAGCCUCCGAAGCCCCCAAGCGCCGGCAGCGCGCCCCCCCUCUGGCUGGUCCUGGACGCGGUGCAGGACCCCAUGAACCUGGGAGCCAUCAUCCGCUCUGCAUACUUCCUAGGGGUGGACAGGAUCGCCAGCAGUCUUCACAACAGCUGUCCCCUGACGCCCGUGGUGAGCAAGGCAAGCUCAGGGGUGAUGGAGGUCAUGAAGGUGUAUGGAUAUGAAAGCCUGGCUGAUAUGCUGAAGGUGAAGGUGUCUCAGGGCUGGCAGGUGGUGGGGACGGUCGGGGCGGAGGGGCGUGGCUUCCCGGCUCCUGUGCUGUGCUGCUCAGAGUUCCACAUGACCAGACCCACACUGCUGCUCAUGGGUGGAGAGGGGGGUGGUCUCUCUCCAGAGCUGUGCCUGCAGUGUGAGGUCCUGCUGACGGUGCCUCCCCUCAGAGCCCUGGCCCCUGGGGUGGAGUCCCUGAACGUGUCUGUGGCCACAGGCAUCUUGCUGUAUUCUCUUCUGUCGUCGCGGAGAGGAGGCCAGCGCUGAGCAGCCUCCCUGGAGCCUCACAGCCUCCCUGGAGCCUCACAGCUGGAGGUUCAGAGGAGGAGGAGGCUGCAGAGAUUUGUCAACUUGUGUCCUGAAUUCAUGUGUUCAUCACCGCAGACAGGCCAAUAUGUCUG